GUGUCAUUCACGAUGAACCUCGUGCCUUGCUAUUUAUAGUUAGGUAAGGAAAAGCAAUUUGUGUAUAAAUACCGAAAUUCGAUGACAUCGGUUUAACAAUAAUAGUUUGCGAACAGUUGGAUACUACGAUACAAGCGAUAGCGAUGACUCACGGUGUCGGCUCAAUAUCCACUGGAGGAGGAGGUGGAUUUAGUGGCGGCGGCUUCAGCAGCACGGGAUUCAACGCGGGCGUGUUUGCCGGCGCCGCUAGUUCCAGUAGCCGACGACGAAACAAUAACAACGACACCGACGGCGGCGAAUGUUGCUGCCUCUUUUGCAGCCUGAUCCUGUUUUUCACCUGUCUCAUGAAAAUGAAGACCCGAACGCGCAUCAUCCUCACGUGGUUCUACGUCAUACUUGGGGCCGUUCUAGCGAUUGUCCUCACCCUGAGGCAUAAUGCGAGCGCCGAGGUUCCGAUCUCACCAUCCGAUAUGAAAAUUCUGAACCAGCCCUCGACUAUGUUUUGCCAGCGUGCUCAGCUUGAUUGUUCAUCUUUAAUCGAUUAUUACGUCAUGAAAAACGAGCCCAGCAUUGACGAGAGUAAAGUGGUCAACUAUACGGAAAACGUAUACGGCAACAUUGAAAGAAACACAUAUGAAUACUGGGGAUUUUACUUGCUGAAAGGGUCAAAAGUCAAGAUGUCUUACGCAAUAUCAGACAGUAUAGGAUUCUACAUUUUUAAAGGGGACGACGGUUUCAAUAAAUGGAAAAAAGAUGCAAGAUGCAAUAAUUGCUACUGGACACAAAGGUAUCUGUUUUACAGUGGUACUACAGGGGAGUAUAAUAUCACUGAAACGGACCAGUAUUAUUUCCUGUUUUCCUAUGAUAAUCAGUUUGUUUUCCCGUCCGUAAACGUUGAUGUCACAUUCCACCUGUCACGAACCCGAUAUGUUCUCGAUGACGUAAACAUUCGGUGUCCAAAUAACUUUGAUUGCACCGUUGACCUUUAUGGUGAGUCGCGAGUGAUAGUUGUACGUAUGCCGGAACACUCCUCAUUCGACUCUCCUGUUAACGUAUACUGCCGACCUCGUGUUUACAUGUAUUUUUUGUUGUACGCGCUUGCGCCGUGCGUCGUAGGAAUCUGUGUCACAGUUGCUAUUUGUAUAUUCGCGCGGAAGAAAAAUAGUACCCAGAGAGAUCGGCGCGGAAGCACAGUCCACAUCGUUUCGAACGAUGAUCGUUUGUCUGGUUUCGCAAACGAAAGCGGACAGCAUGGGCUCAGUUAUCCUUCCGACGCAGUCAUACGUCCUCCUAAUUAUUCGGCAGCACAAAAAGUAGUCCAAUCCAACAGCGGGGCGCCCCCAUCUUACGAACAAGCAACAAAAAAGGAACACGUGUAAUUAUUUCGGAAAACACCGACUUUUGAUUCAUAAUACCGGCUAUCGACUCAAAUAAAAUUCGAAUAUAUUUGUGUAUGGAUUCUUACAUUGUGUUAUGUUACAUAAAUAAUUUGGAAAAUUUA